AUGGUCCCCGAGAGCUGCGGAUGUCCUGCCCCUGGUCUCGGGAAGAGGGACACUCGCCAGCUCAAGCGUGGAGCCGGGCUCGCUGAAGCCACAAAUCUGAGCUGCGAGGGCCAGAGAGCUCUGCAGGCUGCCCAGCCCCAAGGGGGGAAGGCAGCACCCACGGAGGGGACGGUGCUGGCUGCCACCGGGGCGCAGGAUGAAGGGAAGGAUGAGCCCGGGCAGGAGAAGGCUCUGGCUGCUGCUGUGGCUCAGGAUGGGGGACAGGCAGAGCCUGGGAAGGAGAAGGCUGCGGGAGAGGCCAGAGGAGUGAAGGCAGAGCCAGCGGGGGAGACGGCCCCGACCGCUCCAGAGCCCGGGGAUCGAAGGAAGGCAGCGCCGGCAGAGGAGGCUUCAGCUGCGCAGCACAAUGGAGGGCAGGCAGCAUCUUCAGAGGAGAAGGUGCUGGCUGCUGCCACGGCUCAGGAUGGAGGGAAAGAUGAGCCUGGGAAGGAGAAGGCUCCAACUGCAGGAGGGCAGGCAGCAGGCACGGAAGGGAAGGGCCCGGCUGUAGUAGAAGCCCAGGAUGGAGGGAAGGACGAGCCCAAGAAGGGGCAAGCCUCUGGUGGGUUAGAGGCUGAGUGUGGUGGGAAAGCAGAGCCCACAGAGGAGAAGGCUCCGGCUGUAGCGGAGGCUGAAGGAGGGAAGGCAAAACCUGCAGAGGAGACAGCCUUGGCUGCAGCACAGGCUCGGGAUGGAGGCAAAGAAGAGCCUGCGAAGGAGAAAACUACAACUGCUGCGAAGGAGAAAACUAUGGCUGCUGCGAAGGAGAAGGUCCCGGCUGCUGCAAAAGCUCAGGAUGGAGGGAAGAAAGCUGCAAAGGCAGAGAAAACCCUAGCUGAUAAAAAGCCUGCAAAGGAGAAGGCUCCAGCUGCUGUAAAGGCUCAGGAUGGAAAGAAUAAAGUGGCAAAGGCAGAAAAAGCCCCAGCUGCAAAAAAGGCUCAGGAUGGAGGCAAAGAGGAGCCCGCAAAGGAGAAAGCCGCAGCUUCUGCAAAGGAGAAGGCCCCAGCUGCUGCGAAGGCUCAGGACGGAGAGAAGGCAGCAGCAAAGGCUGAGAAAACGCCAGCUGCAAAGAAGCCUCAAGGUGGAAGUAAAGAAGAGCCUGCAAAGGAGAAGGCCCCGGCUGCUGCAAAGGUGCAGGAUGGAGGGAAGAAAGUUGCAAAGGUAGGAAAAACCACAGUUGCAUCAAAGGCUGAGGAUGGAGGCAAAGAAGAGCCUGCAAAGGAGAAGGCCCCGGCUGCUGCAAAGGUGCAGGAUGGAGAGAAGCCGGCAGCAGCAAAGGCUGAGGAAACGCCAGCUGCAAAGAAGCCUCAAGAUGGAAGCAAAGAGCCUGCAAAGGAGAAAGCCCCAGCUGCUGCAAAGAUGCAGGAUGGAGGGAAGAAAGCUGCAAAGGUGGAACCCGCCCCAGCUGCAGCAGAGGCUGGGCGUGGAGGCGAGGAGCCCGCAGAGGUGGCGGCCGCGCCUGCUGCACGGGCUCAGGGCGAAGGGGAGAAAGCAGCAAUGGCGAAGGGGGCAGACAAGCAGCAGCAGCCAAGGGGCCCCAAGCUCCAGCGCCCGGCUCUGCUGCAGAGCCUGAGCUGCCCAGCUGCCUGCCAAAGGGAGGAGCAGCCCUGGGUGGACGCAGCGGUGAUGGAGAUGAUACCGGAGGAGGCCACGAGAGAGGGUCCGGCAGAGCCUGGCCCUGCCCCGCCAGCCCCGGGGGACCUGCAGCCCCCGGAGCCCCCCAUCCCCGCGGGGAGCCCUGGCACCCCACAGGAGAGGACGUUGCCCAGUGCCGCACGGCAGCCCACGGAUCCUACUGGGGCCACAGAGCAGCCUGGCUCCGGGGGGCAACCCUCCUCGACGGAGGCAGAGCCACCCCCCAGCCCCUACCUCACCCCCGAUUUUGGGAAGGAAGACCCUUUCGAGAUACUGGAUGAUGUCCCUCCGCCGCCGGCGCCCUUCGCGCACCGCAUAGUCACCCUGCGGUCCGCCAGCGUCAGCUCCCAGUUCAAUCUCAGGGCCAAGGAGAUCCUGGGAGGGGGCAAAUUCGGCGAAGUCCACACGUGCACAGAGAAGCAGACGGGGCUCAAGCUGGCGGCCAAAGUGAUCCGGAAGCAGGGUGCCAAGGACAAGGAGAUGGUGCUGCUGGAGAUCGACGUGAUGAACCAGCUGAACCACCGCAACCUCAUCCAGCUCUACGAUGCCAUCGAGACGCCCCGGGAGAUCAUCCUCUUCUUGGAGUUUGUGGAGGGCGGCGAGCUCUUCGAGCGGAUCGUCGAUGACGACUAUCACCUGACAGAGGUAGACUGCAUGGUGUUCGUCCGGCAGAUCUGGCUCAGCGGCCUCUCCCCCUUCUUGGGUGACAAUGACACCGAGACGCUCAACAACGUCCUGGCUGCCAACUGGUACUUCGACGAGGAGACCUUCGAGAGCGUCUCUGACGAGGCCAAGGACUUUGUCUCAAACCUCAUCAUCAAGCAGAAGAGCGCCCGGAUGAGCGCCUGCCAG